UUCAAAUAGAAAGUCCACUCCAGCCCAGCUGCCUCUUCCCUUCUCUGUGUUUGUAAAUGUGUUGGUUUUGUUUCAGCCCGACCUGUUUUUCCACUGUCGUGACGGUUUCACCUGCGGAGAUCUGAUUACCGGAAGUGAGCGCUCCUGUUGUAACUGUGUGAAGCUCUGCAGGUGAGAGUACAGCGGGCUGAACUGUUGGAUUUCUAAGAAAAUAAACAACAAGAGGGCGAAUCUAAGUUAUUUAUUCGACGUGAAGAUAAUUUGUCGGAACUUUCUCUUCCUAUUUUCGGGCAAAAAUACCGGAGAGGAUCGAGUGUGUGUAAGAAAACAGCGAAGAAACAUGGGGCGCUUGGUUUGGCUGCUUUUGUUCCUGUGCACCGCGACAGGUGUAAGCAGUUUUUCUGCCUCAACUGCAUCUUCAAAUGUGAAAGUGAAAGAAAAUGAAGGUGUGGACCUGACCUGUUCCUAUUCAGCAGACUUUGGUUCCAGUCCCAGAGUAGAGUGGAAAUUUAAGGACAAAAAAGGCUCACAGACAUAUGUGAUUUUUGACGGAAAACCAACGUCAUCAUAUUCCACUCGUGUGUCAAUGUAUAGCGGCAGUAACUUGAGAUUCUCCAAAGUGACCCGUCAAGAUAACGGCGAGUAUACCUGCGAGGUGUCCAGCUCCAGUAGCCAGUUUGCACAAGUCAUCGUAGUGCUGACUGUUCUGGUGGCACCCUCUAUACCAAAGUGUGGAAUCCCCCAGACAGUGACAACAAAUGGGGUCGCCACCCUUACCUGCUACGAUCCUGACAGCUCACCGCCGCCAACAUACAAGUGGUUCAAAGAUGACACCCUCCUGCCUGCUGACCCGAAAAAGAUUUCUGGCUUCAAAAACGCCACCUACAAACUGGAUUCAACCACUGGCAUGCUGGUAUUUCCUUCUGCUACCAAGAUGGACACCGGAAUGUACUACUGUGAGGUGAUCAACGAGGCUGGUCCUGCCCAGCGCUGCAGAGCUGAAAAAAUGGAAGUCCGUGACAUAAAUGCCGGAGGAAUUGCUGCUGGGGUAAUCAUUGCCCUGCUGCUCGUGGCCCUUCUGAUAGGUGCUGUUUGGUACGCCAAAAAGAAAGGAUACCUGCCGAAGAAAAGCCAAAGCACACAGCAGGGUGUAGUCUACCAACCUCCUUCAUUGUAUGGUGGUGGUGAAGCUGAAGGUGAUGGUGAUGGUGAUGGUCAUGGGGAUUUCAAACAGAAGUCGUCAUUUUUGGUGUAGCAGACAGCAGUUGGGAAAUUCUGCAUUAAAUUUCCAUCCGUGACUUUUUUUUUCCUCUUGUACUUACAAUUUUCUGUGCAGUUUUUAUGAACCAGUGUGAUACACCUCAGAUAAUGAUUUCCGAUCACAAAUGUGAGAUUUUAACGACAUAUUUUGCUAUUAAAAAAUUGUUUCAUACAUUUAUAUAGUCUUAGGUUAAAUGUGGCCUUUCGCUGCUUCUUUUGUCUGCCAACAUGUUUCUACUCAUGAUUGAAGCUAAUGUUUGUGUGCUUUUUAUUUUGUUUUCUAAAUUAUUUUCCAUUAAUAAUUUUGCAUGUAAAAAUGUUAUCUAGUGCUUAUUAAAGAACAAAGCCUUGCGAGCUACAUAAACUCACAAAGACAAGUAAACUCACUUUGUCUUAUUACAUUUACCGUCAAUUGCCUUAAUAUUUACUAGUGCCGAUCUCUUGAUGGCUUUACUGAAAUACUGUUUAAACAGAACAUCGUAACUUUACUGUUAAGGUUUCUGGAUUUUCAUCUCAACUGUGCGGCACUGAUACUUUUAUUAGUUUGAGCGUCCACUUCAACUGCAUUUAUCAUGGUGCUGUUUCAUCUAAUAUUGCAGCCAGUUUGUAGCUUUGGGAACUGAAAUGGCAAUGUAUUAAAUGUUUUGAUUUAAUAUUCAGGUCUUAAAGUGGUUAGAAGGUCUUAGCACACAUUCUGGCCUUAUAUAAAUAGCCGAUACUUAAAUGGGGUAACAGUUUUUAAUCUGUUUUAAGUAACUUUACAGCUGUUGAUAUGCCUGUUCAUGUGUAAAAUAAAAUAAAAAGUUGAUAAAUUA